AUGUCAUCAACAUACGAGCCAACCGCAACCGCGCAGCACUUCCAAUCGCCUUCCCCGCGCAUAAAUACGCCCACCGACGACGACACCCCCAACCCAUUCAACCACCACCACUACAACCCGGACGACUGCAUCCCGGGCAACCCGCACAUGCUCAAGAUCGCCUCGCACACGGCGUACCGCAGCGCCGCGCGUUCACCUGCCUCGAUCCUGUCCAAGAAGGCAUCCUGGGUCGACACCAGCCGCAACAUCUCGCUCUCGCCCAAGAACCUGUCGCGCCCAACGUCCGCGUCCAACAGCCCCGUCGGCACACCCAUCGGUACGCCCAGGAAUAGGUCCCCGGUGCGCGGUUUCGCGACGAGCGCGGGCAGGAUGGGCAAGCAGGAUGGCGUGAAGAACGAGCCGCCGAAGCACGAGAUGACGGUGUUUGAGGGCCUGUUGAGUGAGCGGAGGCGGUUUGGCGAUUUUAGGAGGGUCUUGCAUACGGGGUUGUAUAGCCAACUCGUCGCCAUGGAAAUCCCGCCCAAAGGCGACAUCGGCGAAGAAGUGCACAGCGUCGACCAAACGCUCCUCUUCACGCACGGCCGCGGCCUCGCGCAGGUCGCCGGCGUCGACCGCCCCGUCAAGGCAGGCGACGUCGUCGUCGUGCCCGCCGGCACGAAACACCAGUUCCUGAACUCCUCGGCCGACGAGCCGCUCGAACUCGUCACCGUCUACGCGCCCGCCGAGCACGACCCCCGCUCCGUCCACAAGACGAAGCAGGAGGGCGACCAGGAGGAGGAGGAUGGGGUCGAUGUCGCGCCGAAGUGGGCGCGGAGGAGUCAGAAGGAGAAUGCGGAGGCCGGGUUGGUGAAGAUGGAGGGGGGGCCGUAUGAGGAGUGA